AGAAGAUCAAGUAAAAUUCAUAUGCGCUGCUGUCGGUGAACCGGAAAGUCUUACACUGGAAAACGGGAUUGUAAAGCUUCCAAAAAGAUGUAGUACCAAAUUCAACAUGACCUUUCUGUGAAGCAUGCACAGAGGGAAGGGAGGAAGAGUGAGCAGAAAUGUUCCCAUCUUAAAGUUUCAAGGAAUGCAGUCGUAGCUACUUGAAUACAGUAUAUAACAACGAUGAGACUACCCAGAGCAUCGCAGGUAAAGCUACUGUGGCGGAACUGCAACUUCAAGACGCCAGCCCUCGUGGGAAGACUAUCCAGGCGACAGACACCAAUCUGCGUUUUUCCACCUUGCCAAACGCGGACAUUAUGCACUACGUUAGUGAUGAGGAAAGAGAUCCCGCAGCCCAGUGACCAGCCUGAGGAGAAGAUCAACCUGGACAUAUGGAAGUCUAUGAUGAUGUCACCUGGUCGCCAGGAGGAGAAAGAGGAGGAGGAGGAGGAGGUAGCUCCGGGAGAAUUAGGACAGAGAGCAGAGUGUUCCUCCUUGGAGGCCACCCGCGAGCUGGUAGAAAUGUGGCGGCAGGCGGGGAAGCUGGUCCCAGAGCAGCUGAGCGAGGAGGAGCUUCAGAUACUCGAAGAGCUUUCCACAAAAUCUUCAAAGAAGAAGUUCCUCAAGCACCUGGCUCUCAAGGAGAACCACAAAAAGUUUCGGAAGAUUAAGCAGGAAAAGAAGAAGAGUGAAAAGAUGGAAGAAAAGAAGAACAGGGAAGGAGAUGAGGAGCAGGAUGAGAAUGCUGGUGGGCAGCUUCAGAAUACCUUCAUGCUUCAUGUCUGGAGUCGCUCUAUGGACACUGCGUACAGCUGGAGGGCCGCCCAGGCUAUGCUUUUUGGGCAGCCGCUGGUGUUCGACAUGAGCUACGAGCAGCACAUGUCCAGGAGGGAGCUGGAGAACACGGUCUCCCAGCUGCUGGAGUGCGAGGGCUGGAACCGCCGGUCCCCCGAGCCCUUCCACCUCCACUUCUGCAACCUGCAGCCUGAGGGGGGGUACCACCGGGAGCUGCUGAAGAGGUACGGGGCCACUUGGGACCGCCUCCUGAUCACCGCCUCAGAGCAGAGGCACGUGGACGUGUUCCCCCAGAGCCAGCUUGUCUACCUGACCGCGGACUCGCCGAAUGUGCUCAAAGCCUUCGACCACAGCAAGGUUUACAUCGUGGGCGCCCUCGUCGACAAGUCGAUCCAGACCGGCGUCUCGCUGGCCAAUGCCAAGCGGCUCAAAUUAGCCACUGCCCGUCUUCCCUUGGACCGGUUCCUUCAGUGGGACAUGGGAGCGAAGAACCUGACCCUGGACCAAGUCAUCCGCAUCUUACUGACGCUGAAGGACACUGGAAAGUGGGAGGAAGCACUUGAGUUUGUUCCCAAGAGAAAACACGCUGGAUUUUACCAGCCAAGACAGACAGGGAGCUCUGGGAGUUUUUUCACUAACAAGGCCCAGACAUUUGUAAAGAAGGAAGCGGGUCCUACAAGCACUUAUAAGAAUGCUGUUUACAGGGACACCCGGACCCAACCGCUCGCUCAGCCUGGGGCACAAAAUGUUUUUAAAUCUAAACGAAUCGUAGAGGAUGACAUAAAACCAAAGAGCAGGAAGAACUGGUGGGAGGAGGAGUAACUGAAACGCAUUGUCUCAGAAAGAACUGCUCGAAAGAGGAAUAAAAAACUCUCAAAAAUGCACGUGCAUUAGCAUUGUGGAAUAUGUUUUAAAAUGCCUAUGUAAAUGUAUGCUGCUCUUAGUUCAGUUUAUUGAACUGCUAUACUCCUUCACUCACUGGUUCAUACUGUAUUAAUUACUGCUGAAAAGCGGAGGUUAGUGUAUUUUAGAGUCAACAGAAACUGCUCUGAUGGAUCGUCAAAUGCACAGUAGCCUUUCAGUUGAAGUUGAACUCGGUCCAGUUGUCAUUAUUUGGUAUAUUCUGUCUUUCGCUAAGAAUAAAUUGUGUGACCUGGG